UCGCCGCCUGCUCUGGUGCUGGGCGGCCAUGCCCGCCGGCGUGUCCUGGCCCACCUACCUGCGCACGCUGGGCGCCAGCCUGCUCGCCAUGUUCGCGGGCGCCGAGCUCGUGCACAGAUACUACAGGCCGGACCUCACUAUACCUGAAAUACCUCCUAAACCUGGAGAACUGAGAACAGAACUCCUGGGUCUGAAAGAAAGAUCAAGCCAAGUUCAAACAUCACAGCAUUGAUCACAAUUUAAGUUAUGAAGACAAACUGGUAAAAUUAUGUAUUUGUUUCAUCUGCAAAAUGAAUUUAACAGUUCUUCAGUAAGAUUUUACAGGACUUUGCAGUCUUUACUAGAAACCUGCCUGUGAAAUACUGUGUUCCCUGAGUAGCAUUUUUCUGUCUCUCUAAAACUAGAAUUACAGGAAAUUUAAAACUAAAUGUAUUAAGAAUAGCGUUGUUGAGUCCAAUGAGUUGUGCACCAUGCUUCUGACUUUGACUGCAAGGUAUCUUUCUGAACCAAAAAAAAAAAAAAAAAUGUAAAUUCACAUUGGCUGUGUCUGAUAUACGUUUUGAAUUGAGCUGUUUAAGAUGUGUAGAAAGCUCAGCACAUUGAAGUCGAUCUUUUAUGGAUCCUCUUCAGCCUUAACAAGGUCACCCAUUUUGCUGUAGCAGAAGCCUGUUUGUCUCACAAAAAGGGUGUUUGUCUCACCCUUUUUAAAACAUUAAAUCUUUUCUGUUAGAUUCAAGACCGAAUCUAAUGUGGAAAGUUAUUGCAUAUGAGAGCAGGGGUGGACUGCAAUCCCCCUCCCAACCAGCCGCACCAUAGGAUGAUUUCAGCAGCAAAGGCACCUUCCUCAGCGCCCGGAUAACCACACUGGGCAAACAACCCCAGCACCUUGCUCCUGGGAGCAGCAGACAGCUCGUCCAGGGCUGGUGCAUUUUGUCAGCAAGCUGACCAAAAACCUUGCACGGUUGCAGUGUUGUUCUUGUUUAUAGCCAACACUUGUGGCACUCCAGCACACAGCUCAGCUGCAUGUAACAGCCACGGUGGAGGAAGAGGAAGAAGCAUGAACCACGACCCUCAACGUGUGCUCUUUUAUUAGGUCUGAAAUCCAGGCAGACAUGGCAUCCUGAAACCAACCAAGGCAGUGAGAGCUUUAACUGURGAACAGAACAAAGGUUG